UAGACCUGGGGAGGUGGAGGAGGAAGAAGUGGAGGAAGAAAAGAGGAGAAGGAGGAGAAAAGAGGAAGUUGAAGAAAAAGAGAGGAGGGAUUUACACUGAGAGAAGUUUGACACGAAUGCACAACGCAGGCUGUGCAGGGAAUAAUACACAAGUGUGCGUGCCAGUGCGGGAUAAAUCUGUGUGGACUUGGCACGGCUUGAGUUGAGGUGUGCCACCAGGCUGGACUUUGAAGUUUUGUUUUUUUCUGAACAACCACCAAAGCUCCGGAGCCGAUCAUCCCCCUCCACCACAGCAGGUCAGCGCAUGCAUGCACCGCCUGGCGCUCAGCCUGCACGGAAACCGAGUGUUUUUUGCUUGGAGUUUGGCACACGGCAGCUCCCGCUGACUGAAAGCUAGAUUCCCACUUUCCUCCAGCCGAGCGGAGCCGCUGCGGUCAGCCUGCGCGGUGCACGACGGGGCAGCGAGCCUCUCGAGCGGGGAAGUACAGCACGGAGAGUCGGUAGCGGACGGCGCUCCCCGGAGCCUCUUGCUGGAUCCUGCUGGCUUUCUGUGAUAUUACUUUAAACCGGGACUCCUGUUUGCGCUCGCUCUCCCUCCGGACUUUGUCUUGUUAUUUUCGCUGGACGUGUCAGUUUCCCCUGACAGUUAGUUUGGGGGCUUGUUUGGCUCGGGGGGGAACUUGGUGUCGUCGUGGAGGGAUUUUCUUCAGCCGACUUGGAGCGGUGACAGCGGGGUUUAACCGGCGGAAUAAUCAAUAAAAACCGCCCCGUGUGAGGAGUGUAUGUGGCUAGCACAGAAGUAGCUCCAUACCGAGCCGAGCCAGACCCUACCAUGCCAGUCAGAAAGAAAGAUGCACAGCGAGCCCUGCUGCUGCUGGAGGAGUACCGUGCCAAGCUGCAGCACGCCGAGGACCGGCAGCUCCGACAAUCCAUCCAGAGGGUCAUCGACAUCUUCCAGAGCAACCUCUUCCAGGCUCUCAUAGAUAUCCAGGAAUUUUACGAAGUGACCUUAUUGGACAGUCAGAGAUGGGUGGAGUCUUCCAAGGCGGCGGAUCCCAUGGCACCCGUCAACCUGUGGGACUUUUCCAGCCUUCAAAGCACAACGGUGACCUCGGACACUCUGCCCAGCCUUAGCACCAGCAUCGAGGACUCCCCCCUCCUACACGAAAUCCUCCACACGUUGGCGCAGGCCAAACGCUCGCCCGGCCGUGACGGACAAAAGUACAGGCACCACGAUGAGGACUCGUCCCCUCAGGACCAGAGCUCCCCCCAGCUCACAGAGGAGGCGGGGGGAGCGGAGCUGGUCCAGGUAGCAGAGAAGAACCUGUCCCAGAUCCAGAAUGUGCACGGAUACGUCACCCACGCUCACAUCUCGCCCAUGAAGGUAGCAUCUCUGGAGUGCAUCUUUGACGGUUCUUCACCUUUAGGACAGCACCUCCCGGAGCUCCCCUCCCCUACGCCCUCCACCCUCUAUCCCCAAGGCGAAGACAGCCCUCUUCCCUCCUGCUCCUCCAACCCCUACCCCCCAAUCCAGCAGGCUGAGGCCACCCCGCCCUCCUCUCCCAUAAUCCCCGUGAUCCCAGUCUCGCCAAUCGCAGCCGAGACCACCAUCAUCCCUCCGACGUCACAGGCCAACCCUCCCCCUGUGGUGGUCAACACAGACAGCCUGGACACGCCUCCAUACGUGAAUGGGACGGAGGCUGACUACGAGUACGAGGAGAUCACACUGGAGAGGGGUAACUCGGGACUGGGCUUCAGCAUCGCGGGCGGCACAGACAACCCCCACAUCGGUGAAGACCCGAGCAUCUUCAUCACCAAAGUCAUACCUGGAGGAGCCGCUGCCCAGGACGGACGGCUCAGGGUCAACGAUGUCAUCCUGAGAGUGAACGAGGUGGACGUUCGCGAUGUGACCCACAGCCGAGCUGUGGAGGCUCUGAAGGAGGCCGGCUCGCUGGUCCGGCUCUACGUCCGCAGGAGGAAACCCGUCUCCGAGAAAGUGAUGGAGAUCAAACUGGUGAAAGGACCCAAAGGUCUUGGCUUCAGUAUAGCAGGUGGAGUGGGGAACCAGCACAUCCCGGGCGACAACAGCAUCUAUGUCACCAAGAUAAUCGAAGGAGGGGCCGCACAUAAAGACGGGAGGCUGCAGAUCGGAGACAAACUGCUGGCUGUCAACAGUGCUUGUCUGGAGGAGGUGACCCACGAACACGCCGUCACUGCCUUGAAAAACACUCCUGACGUGGUCUACUUGAAAGUGGCUAAACCCAACAGUGUCUUCAUGAACGACAGCUUCGCUCCGCCCGACCUCACCAACUCGUACUCCCAACACAUGGAGAACCAUAUCAGCCCCCCCAACUUCCUAGGUCAGUCCCUCCCCCCGCCGGCAUCCUCGGGACGCUACUCCCCGACCCCGAAGAGCACGCUGGGAGACGACGAUGUCACCCGGGAGCCCAGGAAGGUGGUGCUGCACAGAGGAGCGACGGGACUGGGCUUCAACAUUGUGGGCGGGGAGGAUGGAGAGGGGAUCUUCAUCUCCUUCAUCCUGGCUGGAGGACCCGCUGACCUCUGUGGAGAGCUGAGGAAAGGAGACAGACUCGUGUCCGUGAACGGGGUGGACCUCCGCAACGCCACCCACGAGCAGGCUGCCGCCGCCCUGAAGAACGCCGGGCAGACGGUGACCAUCAUCGCCCACUACAGACCAGAGGAGUACAGUCGGUUCGAGGCGAAGAUCCACGACCUGAGAGAGCAGAUGAUGAACAGCAGCAUCAGUUCUGGUUCCGGAUCUUUGCGGACGAGUCAGAAGAGGUCGCUAUACGUCAGAGCUCUGUUCGACUACGAUAAGACCAGAGACUCCGGGCUGCCCAGUCAGGGACUCAACUUCAAGUUCGGAGACAUCCUUCAUGUGGUGAACGCCUCCGACGACGAGUGGUGGCAGGCCAGACAGCUGACGUCACAGGGGGAGGUGGAGGAGGUGGGGGUGAUCCCCAGCAAGAGACGGGUUGAGAAGAAGGAGCGGGCGAGAUUAAAGACGGUGAAGUUUAACGCAAAGUCUCGGGACAGAGGGUCUCUCAAUGACAAGCGUAAAAAGAACCUCUUUUCCCGAAAGUUUCCGUUCUACAAGAGCAAAGAGGCGAGCGAGCAGGAGACCAGCGAUGUCGACCAACACGUGACCUCUAACGCCAGCGAUAGUGAAAGUAGCUACCGUGGGCAGGAGGAGUACGUCCUGUCGUAUGAACCCGUCGUUCAGCAGGAAGUAAACUACACCCGUCCCGUCAUCAUCCUCGGCCCCAUGAAGGACCGGAUCAACGACGACCUGAUCUCCGAGUUCCCCGACAAAUUUGGCUCCUGCGUCCCUCAUACGACCCGGCCAAAGCGAGACUACGAGGUGGACGGCAGAGAUUAUCACUUCGUGGUGUCCAGAGAACAGAUGGAGAAGGACAUCCAGGACCACAGGUUCAUCGAGGCGGGACAGUACAACAACCACCUGUACGGAACCAGCGUGCAGUCGGUCCGAGAGGUGGCCGAGAAGGGUAAACAUUGUAUCCUGGACGUGUCGGGGAACGCCAUCAAGAGACUCCAGCUGGCUCAGCUUCAUCCCAUCGCCAUCUUCAUCAAACCCAAAUCUGUGGAAAACAUCAUGGAGAUGAACAAGCGCCUGACGGAGGAGCAGGGCAGGAAAACCUUUGACAGAGCCACCAAGCUGGAGCAGGAGUUCACCGAGCAUUUCACAGCCAUCGUCCAGGGCGACACUCUGGAGGAGAUCUACGAUCAGGUGAAGCAGAUCAUCGAGGAGCAGUCGGGUCCGUUCAUCUGGGUUCAGUCCAAGGAGAAGUUAUGAGGAUCGAGACUCUGUCGGCUCCAUCGCUCCUCUCUUUAGAUUCAGUUUGUUUUAUUUUGAAAAGAAAAGACCUGCAGACGGCAGCCUCCCCCUCCUCCCCCCCAGCUCUCACCCCAUCAACGACCCGACGCGCCGGCUGACCAGAGUGUUGUUUUGUUUUGUAUUUGGCCUGAAUAAGACUCGUCGUUGGGUUUCCUGACCAGCAGAGUAAAGCACACAGGAAGUACGAUGACAUCACACUGAACACGGUACAGCUCCUUAAUGUUUAAGGGAGGAGAACUAACGAGGAGGAGGAGAAGACGAGUCCACAGAGGUGACGACAAGAAACGUACGAAGCAGAUUUAUCUUUUGUUUUUUUUGUUUGUGGGUUUGUUUUUUCCUUUUUUUGUCUUGUAAGGUAACGUUGAUGAUGGGCGGAGUUUCAGUCUCAGGCAGCGUCUGUCGGUCCGGAGGAAGGCGUAGACACAAAAAGCAAAACUUUGCACGUUUGAGCUUUAACAGCAUGUCAUUUAAUACCCCGUUUAUUUCCCAUCAGCCCCUUCACCUCAGCGUCUGAUGUCACAGCUUUCUUCUUCUGUUCUGCACUCGUCUCAUCUUGUUUUUUUUAACGUUGAGUCGGUUCAGUUGCGUCGUCUGCUCCUCGCUGCUGCAGGACGUUCGUCAGGAUGCUCUGCAGGGUUCCUGCUCUGCUGCCAGGGGGCGCUGUGCAGCUUCAUACUGAAGCAAACGUUUGUAAAGCUGCAGCAGGAUCAGCUUGUCGGCGUUAGUUCACUUUCUGAAACUCUUGUGUUGUUAAUGAAUCAUGAUUUUAUUGCUGAACAUUUUAGAUAUUUAGCUUGACCUUCGUUCGAUAAGGUCAAAGGUCGCAGCGUCGAUUAUUCUACCUACGCCGCGAAAAAACAUCUUCUCGAGUCAUUUCAGUCUUUAAAGGAGUGAAGAGAAGGAAGGAGAAUAUUUCAGUCUCACAGUCACUUAAAACAGGUGGACUGACCUGAAUUCACCAGAGACCGAAUCCUGAAUCCAGAACCAACACUAAAACAAGGACACACAAUGAGAAGAAAACUGUCGUGUUUUCUUCUAUGAUGGACGAUAUUCUUGUAAUAAUCGUCCAAUAAUAAGAAAACAAUAAAUGAAUAUAAAUGUGUAACAAACAGAAACUCCUUUAAUAAAGAGGAGAUUCGUUUUAACAAACAGCUGAUGAGCUGAGAUCCGUUUGCUCGUCGUGAGCGUCGCUUCAGUUUUCCUUCUCUGGUGAAGUCGGCUGAAAUAUUCUCAGAGUCCUCGGAGACAAACUGACCUGAUGACACUUCGGCCGCUUUCGGUUUUUGGGGUCACGUGCUCGCGAGCGGCGCCCUCUACGACGCGAGCUCGAACCCCGCCAGACGUCCGUCAGUGUCUUACCGCGAAAAGAUGUCGAUCACGUGACGCGCGUCGUGAACCCGGAGACGAGCUGCCGCCUCCAGGUGUGCGCAGGUGUGUCCCGAACGCGCGGACGAUUAUUGUACAAUGAGAUUUUGACAGAUAUUUAACCCUCGGUAAACUGCCUAUUUUGUUAUAAUAAAAGUCUAUAUUGAACUUUACUUCAGCACUACUACUACGGGAAUUAUUUUCUUUGCAUUGUUAAUCAUAUAUGAAUAGAAAAGUAUAAAGAUAUUUGAAUAUGAAUAUAUAUUUUUUCUUUUUCUUUGAUCACCACCUCCUCUGUCUUUUAAUUUUCUUUUUUAAGCAUAAUAAAAUCUUAAC